AUGACCUCCCGCAUGCUGCUGUCGCUCUUGUUACAGACUGUCUUCUCGCUGGCAGCUAAACGGGAUGACCCCGAUGAGGAUGAACUACUGCCCCCAGAUACCGGAGGUAUUGGUGGAGAACUCGAUCCUUCACAUGGCUCUGGAACAGAUCCGAUCCUCAGUGACCCUGAUUCAUCAUUACUGGACCCGCUAAAUGAGGAAAUGUUCUCCUCUUGGGCCCUUUUCAUCCUACUGUUCCUGCUUAUUAGUGCCCUGUGGUCUAGUUACUACUUGACCCAGAGACGUAUCAGAGCUGUCCAUGAGACUGUCUUGUCCAUCUUCUACGGAAUGGUUGUCGGUCUAAUUAUCAGACUCUCACCGGGACACUACAUCCAAGAUAUCGUCACUUUCGACUCAUCCUAUUUCUUCAACGUGUUGCUGCCCCCAAUUAUCCUGAACUCAGGGUACGAACUGAACCAAGCAGAUUUCUUUAGCAACAUGUUUUCUAUCCUGAUCUUCGCGAUACCUGGGACUUUCAUUUCUGCGUGCGUCUUGGGACUGAUCCUGUACGUUUGGACUGCCAUCGGUCUUGACGGUGUUAAGAUCUCUUUGGUCGAUGCUUUGUCAGUGGGUGCAACUCUGUCUGCCACCGACCCGGUCACUAUCCUGUCAAUAUUCAAUGCGUAUAAGGUAGACCCAAAACUGUACACAAUCAUUUUUGGCGAAUCGCUGCUGAAUGAUGCCAUUUCUAUCGUCAUGUUCGAAACCUGUCAGAAGUUUCACGGUAAGCCUGCAAAACUUUCGUCUCUAUUCGAAGGUAUAGGAAUGUUUAUGUACACCUUUAGCAUCUCAUUGCUUAUUGGAUGUCUAAUAGGUAUAUUAGUGGCUUUGAUCUUGAAACAUACUCAUCUAAGAAGGUUUCCACAGAUCGAAAGUUCCAUUAUCUUACUGAUCUGUUACGAAUCGUAUUUCUUCUCAAACGGUUGUCACAUGUCCGGCAUUGUCUCUUUGUUAUUCUGUGGUAUCACGUUGAAGCACUACGCUUACUACAAUAUGUCUAGAAGAACACAAAUCACAAUUAAAUACAUCUUCCAACUCUUAGCAAGACUGUCGGAAAAUUUUAUUUUCGUCUACUUAGGCUUGGAACUGUUCACAGAGGUCGAAUUGGUCUAUAAACCACUUCUAAUCAUAGUGACCGCUAUCUCGAUCUGUGUCGCAAGAUACGCUGCAAUUUUCCCACUUUCAAGAUUUGUGAAUUGGAUAUACAGUGUUAGAACGAGGGCCUCGUAUAGAUCCAUGUUAUAUCCGAAUGCAUACCCUCAAAAUGACGCUUCUGCUGCUCAAGAAAUUCCUUACAAUUAUCAAGUUAUGAUGUUCUGGGCCGGUUUACGUGGUGCUGUCGGUGUAGCGUUGGCUAUGGGUAUCCAAGGCGAUUUCAAAUAUCCAUUACUGGCUACUGUUUUGGUUGUUGUUGUCCUAACCGUCAUCAUCUUCGGUGGCACAACUGCUAGUAUGCUAGAAGUGAUGAAUAUCAAGACUGGGUGUGUUACAGAACAUGAUGAUAGUGAUGAUGAAUUCGAUAUCGAAGCUCCGAGACCAACUCCACCAACAGACCUCGGUCCACAAGCAAAUUUUUAUAUGGACGAUAAUGACAGUAACUCAAAUAAUGAUGAAAAUGAAUUUACUGCAAAUGCCAAUAAUGAAAAUUUACAACCAGAUUUACAUAGUACCGUGGGUACGCCAAGACCUUCUAUUAAGGAAUCGAUAGGAAACAUAUUUAGGUCAGACUCCCAAUGGUUCCAGACAUUUGAUGACCAUAUUUUAAAACCUGUGCUUUUGGACAAUGUGGUUGAAAAUCAAAGAUCAGAUAAUAACCAAAAUCAGCAUUAG